CGUUGGCGGCGUGCGCGCUUGUUCGCUUUUCUGACAACCAGCCGCAUCGCCAGCAGCCAUGGGUACGGAUAUUUCUACGGGUAUGAGCACCAAACACGGAGAAAAAUAUCAGGAGUCUACAAAAAAAAAACCUUCCUGGAUAGUUUUCAAAAAUAUUUGGGCUUUUCAUUUGUUCUGUUGGAAUGCGAAGAAGCCACGGAUCAGGAUCGCUGUUCUCAUUUGGUGAAGCCCUUAUUGGAUCUUGUGGCUGCGGGUCAAGAGCGUUUGAAGACCUGCGAAGCCAACCAAAUAAACGGCACCUUUGCAAGACUGGACCGUAUUGAGGGGCAACUAGAAACACUAAAGAAGGUCAUACCGCCGAACUUCGAGAAGAUUGGCUCUCGGUAUUUCUACUUCGAGAGAAGGGUCAAGCAGAAUUGGUUCGCCGCUGCAAAUAUUUGCCGCCAGUUGGGGGGUGCCCUGGCCAGUAUCCAGAGUGACGAGGAGCUGACCGCCAUCAAACACCAUCCAAAACGCGACUACGAAGAGCACUACUGGCUGGAUAUCAACGACCUGGCAGCUGAGAAUACGUUCGUGUCCUCUACGUCCGGCCACAAUGCUCCGUUUUUGAAGUGGGCUUCGACAGAACCAAACAAUUUAAAUAAACUGGAGCACUGUGUUGACCUUUAUUGGGAGCAUAUGUACGAUAACUAUUGCACCAAAAUGUAUUAUUUCAUUUGUCAAUCAGAAAAAUAAAAUAAAAAUUCUUUUAAAUUAUAAAAUGA